AUGGAGGCCUCGCCACUACCCAGCCCGGCGACGGAGGACUCGAUCACCAUCCGGGCGAUGAAGGACAUCGCGUUCGGGAGCACGGCGGGGAUAUGCUCCAAGGUGUUCGAGCACCCGUUCGACCUCACCAAGGUCCGCCUCCAGGCGCAAGUGCUCGACGCGACGGCGCGCUUCAGUGGUCCGCUCGACUGCCUCGCCCAGACGUGGCGCAAGGAGGGCGUGCGCGGGCUCUACCGGGGCCUGCCCGCGCCGAUCGUGGGCGCGAUGGCGGAGAACGCGACGCUCUUCUGGACGUACACCGAGAUCCAGAACACGCUCCGGUGGUCGCUCGGGACCCCCGACCUCUCCCUGCGCCAGCUGGCGUGCGCAGGCGCGGGCGCGGGCGCGGUGACGAGCUUCGUCCUGACGCCGAUCGAGCUCGUGAAGUGCAAGAUGCAGGUGCAGAUGCUCAUCGCGCCGACCUCCUCCGCGCCGCUCCCCGGCCCCCUCGCCGUCCUCGCCGGCGUCGUGCGCGACACGGGCCUGCGCGGGCUCUGGCUCGGGCACACCGGCACCCUCCUCCGCGAGACCGGCGGCGGCGCGGCGUGGUUCGCGGCGAAGGAGGGCGUCGCGGGGGUGCUGCUCCGCCGGCGCGGGCUCGCGCCGACCGCGCGCGGCGAGCUGCGCGCGUGGGAGAGCGCGGCGGCGGGCGCGUGCGCCGGCGUCGCGUACAACGUCGCCCUCUUCCCCGCGGACACCGUCAAGAGCGCGAUGCAGACCGAGGCGGAGCUGCGCGGGCCGCGCGCGGGCGGCGGGCGCGCGACGUUCGCGGGUACCGCGCGGGACAUGUGGCGCAAGGGCGGGCUGAGGGGCUUGUACGCGGGCUGUGGGAUCACGGUCGCGCGCGCGGUGCCGAGCAGUGCGCUCAUCUUCAUCAUCUACGACGGGCUCAGCAAGCGGUUUAGCUGA